AUGACUAGUCCAAAUGAACUCAAUGUUUACUUCGGCCCUGAUGCCCUCAAGAAGUACUUCGAUCCCGACAGCCAGCCUCCACUCCCCCUCGUUGAGCUCCCGGAGUACCUGAACCGCUACUAUCACGAUGGGGUGCGCAUCUACGCCAAGAUGAUGACGAUGCACCCUGCCAACAAUGUCAAGGCGAUGCCAGCUCUCAACAUGCUCGAGAAGAACGUCGUCCCAGGCAAGACCAAGACCGUCAUCGAAUACAGCUCCGGGUCGACGGUGAUAUCAAUGGCGCUGGCCGGACGCGUCCUGCACGGCAUCCACGAUACGCGCGCCUACCUCAGCAACAAGACCAGCACCGCGAAGCUGCAACUCAUGCAGUUCUUCGGGCUGGACGUCACGCUCUUCGGCGGGCCGUCGCAGCCCGAGCCAUUCGACGAGCGCGGUGGCAUCCAGAGGGCGCGGAAGAUGGCGCUGCACGCGGACGCGGCCGAGAUCCUCAACCCUAACCAGUACGAGAACGCGGAGAACUGGGGCUCGCAUGUACGCUGGACGGGCCCGCAGAUCCUGCGCCAGCUGCCGCAGAUAAACGUGCUGUGUGCGGGCAUGGGGACGUCGGGGACGAUGACCGGGCUGGGGACGUAUUUUGGGGAGAUGAAGCCGGCGGUGCUCCGGCUGGGGGUGUGCACGGCGCCUGGCGACCGAGUGCCUGGGCCGAGAUCGCUGGCGCUGCUGAAGCCGGUGGAGUUUCCGUGGAAGGAAGCGGUGGAUGUGAUUGAGGAGGUGAACUCGUAUGAUUCCUUCUCGUUGUCGCUGGACUUGUGCCGGGAGGGCAUCGUCUGUGGCCCGUCCUCGGGGUUCAAUCUCCAGGGUCUGUUCCAGAUGCUUGAGAAGCGCAAGACGGCGGGGACGCUGUCCGAGCUGGCAGGGCCGGAUGGGUUGAUCCACAGUGUGUUUAUAUGCUGUGAUCUGCCUUAUCAGUAUAUUGGCGAGUACUUUGCCAAACUGGGGGAGGACAAGUUCCAUCCCAUCAGGAACGAGAAUCUCUCCCGCGUGGACCUGUACCGCUACGACGAGAGCUGGGAGCGAAGUCCCAUCGUCCUCUUCACCCACUUCUACUACGAGACGCCGCGCGCGCUCUCGGACAGCCUGCUCAGCACUCUCGAGUUACGACCGCUCUGCCGCGUCCUGGAUCUGAGGACUGCUGCCGAUUACUCGACCUGGAAUCUUCCCGGAUCGGUCAAUCUCCCGCUGUGCAGCGUUGACUCGCACACCCCGAAACCGUUCACCGAGCCCAGCGUGCUCGAGGCACAGUGGCUGGAGCUCGAGGCGUUGUUCACCAACGAGCAGGCGUUACACAUGCUCCGGGACCAUCAUGUCCUGGUAAUAUGCUAUCAUGGCGAUACGGCUCGCGUCGCCACCAGCGUGCUGCGAGCCAAGGGCAUCGAAGCGGACAGUCUUCGCGGUGGGUAUCAAGCGCUGAAGGACCAUGGGCUCUGGGGGAGUCGAGGGAUGGACUUGGGAGGGAAUCCGAAUAGCCUCAAGACGGCUUCUUCGAUGGAAGCUGUGUCCGUCCAGGCAGAUCUGGCCAUCCGGUAG